UCCUUAAAAGCGACAGCUCUAGCCUUAAGGAUUUUGCCUGUAAUCCAUGGCCUCUGGUUUGAAUAUGUAUGUACGGUCCAGGUGAGGGGACAAUUAAUGGUGCCAUGAAGGUGCAGACUCCUUGGCUCUAUAUAGAGGCCUGUGCCUAAUGUCUAGUGACUGCAUAGCCUUUGGGGCAGGGAUUGAUUUUUAGGACAUAUUUUUGUGAUUCAAAUAUAGCCUUCAACAUGACAAUCAGUGUGACAACGAAAUUAUACUGAGGCCUAGUUUAGGCCUAUGCCUACAUUAUCCUGUUGCUAUUCAAUUGCCGACUGCUAUGACAGUGUGCACGUUUGGUUAGCUGGGUAAUUGCAGCCUCCUCUGCCUCAAAUGACUAUUAUCAAAAGGGCCAAGCCUACCCUCCACUGCCAUAUCUCAUUCCAUCAUUCUGCUCCUCUGCAAUGUACUGUAUCACCAUGGAUGUUUCACAGGAACAAGUUUCUAUGACCAGACACCCUAAUCUCCUUCAGCACCUUAAUAAGAGAAAAGCAACCGACAUGCCAGUACCGUAUCAACAGACAUUUCGUCUCGACAUUGAGAAAACUUUGAGGGCUCUAUAUGUUGUUGGCACAGUGUUGAAAGCGAACCUAAACAGGAGUGCCCCUCCUACUUCCAAGUACUUCUCUGUACAAUGCAGUCCCAGAGUGCAGUACAGGAUCACCCCACCCCCACUGGAGAGUGGGACCUUCCCCACCACUCUCAAUGGUAAUACAAUGCUUCUUAUCACCAUGGACACUGCCAGCGAAGUGGGAAAUGAUAGCAAGCUAUCGGUCAUGUAUUAUGGAGAGAAGACGGAGGUGUUAGGGAAAGCUGUCGUUCACCUCACCGCUGUUGAGAUUUCUCUGGACGUAGAUGCUGAUCGAGAUGGCCAGGUGGAGAGGAACAACCCCAACAAGGGAUCCUGGAUGUGGGGGCCUAAUGGCCAUGGUGCCAUCCUACUGGUCAACUGUGACUCAGAACGCACCUAUGGGAAGAGGCGGGACAGUGAGUGUGCUGAGGUCAGCAGGGUCUCAGAUCUGAAAGACAUGUCCCCAAUGGUGCUGCGGACCAGUGGCCCUGCCAAGCUCCCAGAGGGCUACAAGCUGACCAUGCACAUCUCCCAGGGGGAUGCAGAGAGUGUCAGGGUCUUCAGGACCAGGUCCACAGCAGGCAUGCACCAAACACUGAAAAACCUGUUCUACAAGAGCUUUGUGAAGGACUACCCGCUGGUGCUGGGCAGUGAGGAUUUGUCCAAGGAGGUCCCGUACCUCGGGGGAAACGCUGAGAUGAAUUUCUACGUUGAGGGCCUGAGAUUCCCUGACAAAGACUUUGAGGGCCUCAUCAGCAUCAGCCUCAGCCUGCUGGAGCCCAGCUCUCAGGGCUUUCCUGAGACGCCCAUCUUUACAGACAGGGUGGUGUUCCGUGUGGCUCCCUGGAUCAUGACACCCAACACACUCAACCCUGUGGAGGUCUUCGUCUGCAGCACAUCUGAUAACUACCAGUUCCUAAAGGGAAUGAGGAGGCUGGUGGAAAACAAUGGGUACAAGCUGAAGGUUUGCCAUGAGUACAUGAACAGAGGAGACCGCUGGAUGCAGGAUGAGAUAGAGUUUGGCUACAUUGACUCUCCUCACCAACGUUUCCCUGUUGUGCUGGACUCCCCCCGAGACGGAGAACUACAGGAUUUCCCUUAUGAUGUGCUACUGGGCCCAGACUUUGGCUAUGUGACGAGGACAGCAUAUAAUGAGGAAGUGAGCAGCUUGGACUCGUUUGGUAACCUGGAAGUUAGCCCUCCAGUCACUAUAAAUGGAAAGAACUACCCUCUGGGCAGGAUCAUAAUUGGAGUGGCUUUCCCCACGGCAACCAAGGGCCGCAACAUGACCAAAGUAGUGCAAGACUUCCUUUGGGCACAGAAAGUCCAGGAGCCCAUUGCACUGUUCUCUGAUUGGCUUCUGGUUGGGCAUGUGGAUGAAUUCAUGACUUUCGUCCCAGCUCCUGACAAAAAGGUAAAAAAAAAUCUCAAGGGAUUCCGGCUGCUGCUCGCCAGCCCCGACGCAGGCUACAAACUAUUCAGAGGCUUACAGAAUGACGGGCAUGGACAAGCCAAAAUGUUUGACGGUCUUGGUGCAGAAGAAGAGAUUACGGUAGAUGAGAUUUUGAGUGAUGACAAACUCAGAGCAGAAAACGACUAUGUCCAGAGCUGUAUAGACUGGAACAGGGAUGUCCUUAAGAGGGAGCUGGGUUUAGAUGACGACGAUAUCAUUGAUCUGCCCAUCCUUUUCCAUGUGAUGGAGGAGAACAGGGCAGUGGCCUAUUACCCAGACAUGGUGAACAUGAUUGUGUUGGGGAAGAACCUGGGCAUCCCUAAACCGUUUGGGCCCAAGGUGAAUGGCUGCUGUGCCCUGGAGGCAGAGAUGACCUCCCUCAUGGAGGGCCUGGGACUCAGCUGCACAUACAUUGAUGACUUUGCCUCCUACCACAAACUGCUGGGAGAGGUUCACUGUGGCUCCAAUGUCCGUAGGGAACCCUUUUCCUUCAAGUGGUGGAACCUGGAGAUGUGAGGGAUUUGGGGCAAGGAAUGGUUGUAGUUAGAAAGAGGGAAUAAUGCUUGAUGUUAACAGCAGCAACAAUCGCCAGCAGCAGUCAUCUUCAAACAACAACAGUAGUCCUUGUACUGUAUUACCCCUUUGUCUUUAUUAAACAUGUAUUUGCCUUUUUUUUUACAAAAGGAUGAAAAACUGUAUUUAUAAACAAGACUUUUGAAAUUUAACAAGGGCUUAAGCAAAUUAUCAACGAGAACAGAAAUACAAUCAUCUGAAUUAAGCACAUUGCAGGUUGGAUCUGUUGUUUGGAUUGGCUCCGUGCUCAAUCCAAGUGUUGUAUUUACAUGUACUAAAACCAGUACAGAUGAACAGGACCACAGAGAAAUGUGCAAGUAUAAUCUGGAGCUACCAGAGGGUGUGAUCCAACUAUUCAAGCAUUUCUGAAGACUAGUGAGAGUUUUUAUAGAUUUAUCUUAAGCUUUGAGGUGAAAAUAUAUUUUGAGUUUCCAUGCCUGGAAUGCACACUAUGACUCCAAAGGCUCUCUUAACCUGAUGAAACUUCCAAUCACAUUUCAAUUAAUAGUAUUUUGUUGAAUCAUAAACUUUAGAAUGGUGUUUGAUAAUAAUACAUUAUUAAAUAAAUGGCAGACUAACUGUA